AUGCCAAGCGUGCAGUUGACAGUUGUGAUUUGUUGCUUUUUCGGGAGCGCUUUGGCGGUACCACGUGGUUAUCCAAAAGGUGGUCCACCGGCACCGCCACCAAGACCACCAGCACCACCUAGUGGAGGCUAUUCGUAUCCGCCGCCGAGCGGUGGUGGUGGUUCUUUUGGUGGCGGUGGUGGUGGUGGUGCACCCGGUGCUGGUUCUGAGAUACCAAUCAUCAAAUUGGAGUCCAAAGUUAACAUCGACGGUUCAUAUCAAUACGAAUAUGAAACCGGUAACGGCAUUAAUGCACAGGAGUCCGGUUAUGUGAAAAACGCCGAUGAUCCUUGUAAUGCAGUUUUAACUGCGGAGGGCUCCUUCUCCUACACCAGCCCGGAGGGUCAAUCAUUCCUUGUCACCUACACAGCCGAUGAGAAUGGGUUUCAACCGCAAGGCGAUCAUUUGCCCACACCACCACCGAUACCGCCAGAGAUACAAGAUGCAUUGGAUAAGAUUGCUGCUGGUGGCGGACAUCCUGGUGAUGGUGGUGAUAGCGGUAGCGGUUGUCCUAAUGGCGGUGGCGGUGGCUGUCCUUCUAGCUGCAAUGGAGGUGGUGGCCCACCUGCUCCAAAUCCUGGUUAUCUUUAUUAG